GUGACGGGCGGCCCCAUGGCCUCGGGGGGCCCGGCCGGCGCGGGGCGCUGGGAGCUGGUGCGCAGGGGCCGGGGCCGGCGGCCCGCGGGGGGCGCUGCCGGGCGCAGGGCGCUGCAGGAGGCCAACAGCGGCCGCCUGUUGCCUUCGGCCUCACCUAUCACUACAUCAGACACCAUCUUUGAGCUGGGGUUUGAGAAAACUGGGAAGAAGCAGAACAAAGAGCAAGUGCCUCCAGCCCCUGCCCCUGAGCAGCAUCACAAAAAACAGAACAUGGGGAAAAAUGCUAAAAAGUCAACUGCAGUCGAUGCAGGACUCAAGCAAGGCAAAUUCCGAACGCUGGAGGAUGCCCUGAAAGCUCUUGAUUUGACAGAACUUCAGAAGGAGCUGGAUAAAAGUCAGAAUGUGUUUCCUGAGAACCCGUCUGUGUGGGUUAAAGACCUGGCUGGAUAUCUAAACUACAAGCUGCAGACCCCUCGGAGUGACCCCACGCUCAGCCAGCAUACUCCUGAUUACCCCUACAGUCUCGUGAACAAGGAGCUGAGAAGCAUCAUCAAGUCCCUGCUAGUGAAAGCCUCCAGCGUGCUGGAGCUCUUCUUCGAUCACUGUAUUUAUACGAUGUUGCAAGAGCUGGACAAAACUCCUGGGGAGUCGCUGCAUGGAUACCGGAUCUGCAUACAGGCAGUGGUGUUGGACAAGCCUAAAAUGGCAACCGUGAAUCUGGGCAAGUACUUAGGGCUGUUACGGUCCCAUCAGAACAGGCCAAUGAAAUGCCUCACAAUCAUGUGGGCUCUGGGACAAGCUGGAUUCACAGACCUCACUGAAGGACUGAAAGUGUGGCUUGGCAUUAUGCUUCCAGUGCUGGGGAUCAAGUCCCUCUCCCCGUAUGCGAUUGCCUACUUGGACCGGCUGCUGAUGACGCACGCUAACCUGACCAAAGGCUUUGGCAUGAUUGGACCAAAGGACUUUUUCCCACUCUUGGACUUUGCCUUUAUGCCCAACAACUCCUUAUCACCCAGCCUGCAGGAGCAGUUACGCCAGUUGUACCCCCGGCUGAAAGUGCUGGCGUUUGGCGCUAAACCGGAGACCACACUGCACACCUACUUCCCCUCCUUCCUGUCCAGAGCCACUCCAAACUGUCCUGCCGACAUGAGAAAUGAGCUCCUGAUCUGCCUGAGCGAGUGCCUGAGCAUGGACGCCCUGAGCUUCAGCGUCUGGCGGCAGCUGUACACUAAGCACCUCUCCCAGUCCAGCUUGCUCCUGAACCAUCUGUUGGAGUCUUGGGACAGCACCACCAGAAAAGUGCGAAAAUCUCUCCAGGAAACUGUUCGUUCGUUCAAAGUGACUAACGAAGAACUUGCUGUGAAAGGACCAAACAGCCUCCAGGAUCUAGCAGCCUGCCAUGCCACCUGCAAGAACCUGCUGCAUAAGAUGAAGGGCCGUGGCUUCCCCUGGGUUCGACUGCUGCUUGUGAUUCUGGUGUUUGCUGCCGGCUUCCUGGUGCAUGAUAUCAGGACACAGGGGUCUUUUCAAGCUUCUUCUGCUCACAUCCUUCGCUCCUCGGGCAUCCUGUCGGUCUCCCAACAAGCCUGGACUAAAGUGUCCCGUUACUCCCUGGAAGGAUACAGCUGGUUGGAGAGGAACGUCCCUGUUUACUAUUCCCAAGUGCUGACGGUGUUGGGACCAAACCUGAAACUGGUUUGGACAAAGACCAAUGAGACUGCAGUUUACGUCUCUGGGAAAUGUUCCUCUCAGAUCUCUUGGGUCAAGGACAACCUGCCCUGGUUCACUGAGUGGCUCCAGGCCCGGGUUCCAGACUUCCUGCUGCACUUCGCUGAAUGCAUCAAGGAGCUGUUACUCCUCGUCCUGCAGCGCUGCGUGCUGCCAGCGCUGGAAUCCGUAGGCACAGCCCUCGAGCGGGGAUGGGAGCUGUGUGUGGACGCUUGCAAUGGAGAAGUGUCAUGGGACUGCAUGAGAAAACAUCUGACAAGCUUUACCUAUUCCUCCUGGAUGUACCUGCAAAACACAACGCUGGCCAUCAAGAACUGGGCCUUGGCCAUGAUUUCUGGACACUAGAGUCUGGCUCUCUGGAGCACUGGGGACGACGUUCACGUCAUUAAUCUCCUCUUGUAUAGUGACGAAGGACGGUGCUGACUGUGUUUUCAGUGUAGCCUGCGUUGAGGGGUUGGAGCAGGUGUCUGCGCAGGCUGAGACGCGGGGGUAGCUGGGGAGGUUUUCCCUGGGGCGACAUGUCCAAGCUUUAUGCACCCUGUGAUUUAGUUUUGGUUAUUCGUGUCCAGCUCCCCCACCCCCGGCCUGUAACUCGGGCAGGUGAGCUGCUGACUGUGCCUCUCCACCUGGGCCCGGUCCUGUAACACACCCUGAGCUUUGCUGUCUGAAUGGUGAGGUUACCGGAAGAGCAGCCCCUGAAAGGGGGGUGGCUCCGGUGUGCACACUGCAGCACACAGACAUCUGUGGCUGCCGGCCCAGGCUAGCCUAGCGCCUCAGCCCUCCCCGCUCAGUUCAUGUGGCUUUGGACCAUCCACUGGGAUCUUUCUAUCCCAGAUGAGUUGACAGGACAGAUGCAUUCAGUUUAAUUUAGUGCAUGGACCUUCUGUUCCUCUUUGAAGGUGCGUCUGGUGUUGAGGUGCCGUGGUGGCAGCCCACGAGCUCUCUUCCCCUUUGACUCCCCCAGCCCCAACCGCUGUCACGUAGUUUGCUGGCUCUCGCCACGCAGCCUCAGGUCACCUACUGUGCUCUGAUCCAUUGCCCUGCCCAGGGGGCAGCGUCCAGAGCCCCUCUCGGCCAGGGCGAACCUGCAUUGACAAAGUGUCGGUUGUUCCCAGCAGCCCCCCAGACUCUAACGGCUGAGGGGAUGUGCUGGCGGCUUUCCAAAGAGCUGCACCGUAGAACAGAGACACUCUCCCCUCCAUCGAACGUGGCAGCGUGGGCCUUGGGGACUACAGCUCCCAGCAGGUAUCGCUCUGCUUCGGCCAUUGGGAUCAGGAGGGAGUGCUGCAUGCUGGGCCCUGGCUCCCCAAGCCACAUCUCCUGUUGGAGGCGGGUGGCCCGCUGCCAUAGAACCUCUCCAGUUACCCAAAUGGGGAGUGGGGAGAGGGGCCAAACCCAGCUCCCGUGGGCUGCCUUACCGAGGGUGCUGCCGGCGGCAGGGCAGGCUCAGUGACGUCUGGCUUUGGCAGCCACGCCCUGAAGCCCGGGGGAAGGAAAUAGGACGGGGUCAGGCUCCAAUUCAGGAGUGGGGGCGAGAGGGGAGCGUUUCAUUCAUGUCACUUGUUCCUUGUGCCUGUAGGGGAGCCUGUCUCUCCAUAUCCGCUUCCCCUCUUGUCAGUGUCUAAAACAGGCUGAGGCGUGGCGGUGGCCAAGCGCCCGCUGUCCUGGCACUGGGGCGGGGGGGGGCUGUUCUCUCCUCACCCAGCUGGGCGAGGGGAAGGCUGCAGUGCUAAGGCUGCAGGAGCUGGAGUGUAAUAGUGUCAGACUGCAGCACCUCCUGGCUGCUGGGAGGAGAGGUCUGGAGCGGGUCUCAUUCCACGCUCCCCAUGGCCGUCUCCUGCCCCCAGCCCUUGCUGGUGCUAGGAGAUUCUCAGCCCUAGACUGCAGCAGUGAUCCGCCUUCCCUCGCCUGGCUCCGGGUUCAAGGGAACAGCCUGCUCCUUAACCUCCUGUUCUCUGUGCCCAGCGACGGGCCCUCUGUGAAAGGAGCUGGUUGGGUCUGAGCCAGUCUGCGUCUCGGCCACUCUCCUGGCCGGAAGCAGCAGCGAGCCCGCUGCCUGGCGGUCUCUCCAGCAGAGGCCUGGCUGCUCCCUUAGACACUGGGGAUGGGGCGAGGCUGUUGCUGCAGGGUAGAUGGGUGCGAGGCUCUCUAGCAGCCUGGCGCUGUCCACUAGCGCAGCCUAGCCGGGAGAAGACUCGCAGCAGGGUGACAUGGGGCGGGGAGAUGCUCAGGCACGUCUGUAAAAGCCAUAUUAACCGAGCUGAGCCCUGGUGGGGAGCAGUGGAGGCUGCUUGGUGAACCCACUGUCUAGUCUGAGCCAUAUUGUCCCCCGAAGGAUCAGGCAGCCCAGUGCAGUCCUGCUGCCCUGGUAGCCGAAGAAAGCCCGUCUCCUUCCCUGCCUCCUUGGCCUUGGGACUCUGCAGCCUGGUAGGGAGUUUUCCCAACACCCCAAACCCUCUGUCGCUGGAGACAGGGUGUGCAGGGUGCCACUGUGAGGACCUGCUGGGGAGAUGGGUGUGGCAGGGGCCUUGCUUCUCCAUGCUUGUAUGUCUCGUUGAGGUGUGCUCAUGCCUGGGGUGUGCCCUCCUGUGCAUGCCCCGGCGGCCUGGAGCCUCACCUGUGUCCAAGGUCCUGUGACGGGCCUGGAAGGAGAAUCUCCCGGCUGCCUGUGUCCCUCUUUGCUCACGCAAUUCCAAAGGUUGCAGGACCCAAAUAAUUGAAAUUGUAUAUGACUCUUCUCAAAUGAAAUAAAGGAAACUCUAUUUGA